ACUUAAAAAAAAAUUCGACGGCCAUCAGUCUCUCUCUCUCUGUCGCUCUCCUCACUGAAAUUCGGAAGAGAGAGAAAGUGACAGCGAGAUAGAGAGUAGUUAGAAGAAACGAACCACUUUUUCCGGGAAAGUGUUGUUUGUUUGGUGUGGAUUUUCGGAAUCGAUCCGUCGAUCUCUCUCUCCCAAAUGUUUCCCCCCACAUUCAGUCGGUUCUGUUUUUUUCUUUCUCCAAUCGAACCCCUCGUGAAUACAAGAAAUGAAAACAAAACAAAGGAAAACGAAAUAAACCCGUCGAAUCAAACUUUUUGAGAUUUGAAUUUUGAAUUUUAAAAUUUGAAAUUUAUAAUCUUUUUCGAAGUGGGUGUUGGAGAAUGAUGGAUUUAGAUAACAUUGAAUGCAUAUCGUCUUCGGAUGGCGUGGAAGAUGAAGAGAUUCGAUCUCACCAUCAUCAUCAUCUUCACAACCAUCAGUUUUCUUCAAAGCCUCUCAGCAAUCUUGGAAUCGCUCCUGCCACCAGCGUCCACGAAUUGCUCGAAUGUCCUGUUUGUACCAAUUCUAUGUACCCACCAAUCCAUCAGUGUCAUAAUGGGCAUACUCUGUGUUCUACCUGUAAAACAAGAGUGCAUAACCGGUGCCCAACUUGUAGGCAAGAACUUGGCGAUAUUAGGUGCCUAGCACUGGAAAAAGUAGCAGAAUCACUUGAACUUCCAUGCAAGUAUUAUUCUUUGGGAUGCCCAGAGAUAUUUCCAUAUUACAGCAAACUCAAGCACGAGUCAGUGUGCAACUUCAGACCAUACAACUGCCCAUACGCCGGUUCAGAGUGUUCUGUUACAGGGGAUAUUCCUUUUUUGGUUGCGCAUCUGAGAGAUGAUCACAAGGUGGAUAUGCACACUGGAUGCACAUUCAAUCAUCGAUAUGUAAAGUCUAAUCCUCGUGAAGUAGAAAAUGCCACUUGGAUGCUAACAGUUUUCCAUUGUUUCGGUCAAUAUUUUUGCCUCCACUUUGAAGCAUUCCAGCUUGGCAUGGCUCCUGUGUACAUGGCAUUCCUCCGUUUUAUGGGUGAUGAGACUGAAGCACGCAUUUACAGCUACAGUCUAGAGGUUGGAGCGAAUGGAAGGAAGCUCAUAUGGGAAGGUACCCCACGGAGCGUCCGGGAUAGCCACCGGAAGGUUAGGGACAGCCAUGACGGUCUCAUUAUACAGCGAAACAUGGCACUUUUCUUCUCUGGUGGGGACCGGAAAGAGCUGAAGCUGAGAGUUACAGGGAGGAUAUGGAAGGAACAACAGAACCCAGAUGCUGGAGUGUGCAUACCUAACCUCAGCAGCUGAGGCAGGUGGUCUUGGAAUCAUUUUUCAUGAUUGAUUCGUGUGUUUGUAUCGAUCCGUCUCUCUGUGGUGUUGUAAGUGUGCCAACUUCUGUUGUGUUAUGUACUGGGAAGUGCUUGGCAUGUAUAUAAUGUUGCUAAAGAGCAUAGCUCUUCUUUUAAUUCAUUGUGUUUCCUCACAUUGAUCCUCUGUUUCUUCCCUCCUGCCAGCACGUGCCAGUAUUUUUCACAAUUUGUUGGUUUUAUUUACAAUCGAUGUGAUCUGUUUGUUAUUAGUUCGCACUUAAACAAAUUCUGAUGAGAAUUCUGUUAUGAAGGACGUAGUGAAGUGCGAUGCAAAACAAUUGACUAGUCAUCUGGUUUAUAUAUCAUGCUUACCAAA